AUGCUCUUCCGCGUCGCCUCCUUAUCCCCUAACAAGACCUCCUUCAUCCUUUCCUGCUUCUCCAGAACCACUGAUUCACUGUUUUUCCAUUCCAAACGCUUUAAUAAUCUCCAACGCAACUACGUUUGGUUUACGGUGAAGCACAUUGACACAAACCAACCAAAGAAUCCCAUUUCAAUGGCGAUAAAGGCUACACACAAUUAUUCCACCACCUCCGCCCAAGCCCUUGUCCAGGAACCUCCGAAUUCCGGCACCCGAAGAUCCCGUAAGAAAGCACGCCCCACGUUUACCAAUGUCUCGAGGCUGGCGGCCGCUAAGAAAGAUCCUCAACUGGCUUUCGAUUUGGUCAGACAGAUGAAGGAUCAAGGGAUAGCUCCGAAGCUACGGUCUUACGGGCCCGCAUUGUUUGAGUUCUGCGGGAAAGGUCUUGCUGACAAGGCGUAUGAGGUGGACUCACACAUGAAGGAAUGUGGGGUAUCCCCCGAGGAGACCGAGCUCUGUGCUCUUCUCAGAGUUAGUUCUGAAACUGAGAGAGAGGGGAAAGUGUAUGAAAUGAUGCACAGGUUGAGGUCGACAGUGAGGCAAGUGUCGGAGGAGACUGCGGCUGUGGUGGAAGACUGGUUUAGGUCUAAUAAGGCUGCUAGAGUUGGGAAUGAGAAAUGGGAUGCGUCUAAAGUGAGGGAAGGGGUUUUGGAUGGUGGGGGCGGGUGGCAUGGGCAAGGGUGGUUGGGAAAGGGGAGUUGGAGAGUGAUGAGGACGAGCAUGGACGAGAGAGGUGUGUGCAGGUCGUGUGGGGAGAGGCUUGUCUGUAUCGAUAUUGAUCCGGAAGAGACGGAGAAUUUUGCAAAGUCGCUAUCAAAAUUGGCCUGUCAGAAAGAAGCUGGGACAAACUUUGUGAAAUUCCAGGAGUGGCUUCGACAGCGUGGUCCAUUUGAUGCUGUGAUCGAUGGUGCGAAUUUGGGGUUUGCUAAUCAACAUAAAUUCAGUUUCCCUGAGAUUGCGAGAGUUGUGAAUCAAAUGCGUCAGAUCAGCCCGUCAAAGAAAUUACCACUUGUUGUUCUACAUCAGAGCCGACAUCCUAACAACAAGAAAUUGCUGGAAAGCUGGAAAAAGGCAGGGGCACUCUAUGCGACGCCUCAGGGUUCAAACGAUGAUUGGUAUUGGUUGUAUGCUGCUGUGAAUUCAAAGUGCUUGCUGGUUACAAAUGAUGAGAUGAGGGAUCACUUGUUCAAUCUUUUAGGCAAUAACUUCUUUCCUAGAUGGAAAGAAAAGCAUCAGGUCCGGAUAAAACCUUCUCUUAAAGGGCUACUAACCUUGCGCAUGCCGCCGCCUUAUUCACUUGUCAUCCAGGAAUCUGAACAAGGUAGUUGGCAUAUACCGACUGUUACUGGAGACGAUCUUGAGACCCCAAGACAAUGGAUUUGCGCUACAAGGAUCAGACAACAGGGUCACCUGGGGCAAGCCGAGGAGGAAAGAAGUCUAGAACAUCUGAAGCAUGAGAUCACUUAUGGAUCGGGCCAAGAUAUGGAGCACGGUGGUGGUGAUGAGGAACGAUAUGUGCGUCAUCCAAUUGGCCAGAAGGCAACAAAGGCUGGGAAGAAAAAGGGAAAAUGUGGAAUAUGGAGCAGUAGUAGUGAUAAAAAAGCUGAACGUAUGUUGGAUGCAUUUGGACAUAUUAUGGAGAUACACAGGGGCGUAGCCAGGAUUAAAAACCGUCCUGGGCUAGUUUAA